AUGGAAAAUGUUCAUCACGCUAUAGCAUGGUACCAGACUAAGAUUGGAUCAUAUGACAAACAGCUCUGGGAGCAAUCUGUAGAGAAAAAGCUACAAAAGCAGCCGCAGUUUGUCUUGCACAAUGCUCCACGAAAGAAGGUCCGACUCAAGACAGAGUAUAUCGAUGUUGAUCUUAUCAGAGGAUCAACAUUUGCCAAGACCAAGCCACAGGUGCCCUGGGUUUACAUCACAAGAAAGGCAGUCGCUCGAGUCUUGUUCUUCCCAUUCUACUACACCUGGUGGGUGCAUCAAACAUCAAAGAGGUUGUAUGCACUGUUGCUGGUACUCUAUAUACUACAAGUGGCUACUGUCCUGGUCUACCUGAGGAAUGUUGACCACAGCAUCAUGGAAGAUGAGAUGUGUUUUACUGAGGUGGUAUUACCAAUUAUUUUGAUGUUUCUGCUGUGUCUAAUUCAUUCCCAAACUGUGCUGGCCCACAUCAACCACAAACCUCCAAAACGCACGAAAAAUAUUUCUGGAGUUACUCGUAAGCCUCAUCCAAAAAAGGCAGCCAGAAAAGGUCGAUCUUCAGGUAAUAACAGCACUUGUCCAGAGGAUGGGGGCAAUACAGACACAUCGAGAUCAUCUAGGAGACGAAGCUCUCACCAUCAGAGCCCAGAUGCUGAAGCCGACUCUCGUCCUUUGAGUCCAGUUUCAGAAUCUACUGCUAAAACAGAUCUGGACCAAACUAUUUUACCAUGUUCUGAUACUAUGGUGCCUGACUCCAUUGAUAAACAUUCUGUCCAGUCAGAGGUCAUCAGUUCAGCUCCAAAUGAAUUGACAGUGACCGUGUCCUGUUCAAGUCAUCAUAUAACCAAUGUAGUAUACACUGAUGCAAAAGUGAUUUCAAACUGGCAUCAGGACACAUGUACAGGCUCAAGAAGACAUAGUGGUUGUCAUGACAAGGAGGAGAGUGCUCACUGUUUGUUCAGAGAAUCAGAAAGCUGUAUCACACAUACAUAA